AUGUUUCGGCGUCUUGCUUGGCGGCUUUCUCAAGUCACAUUGCCAAGCGGUACCAUUUUAAAAGGCGUACGAAACCCUCGGAAUCCCAAUUUGCUACUAAAUGGAGUCGCGGUCUUACCGGACGGUCGGGCAUUCAGCGGUAACUUCGACGAAGCUCACGGCUUUCCCUUACCUGGCAGCCAACUCGAGGAAGACGGGGAUCUCUACAAAGGCUCCUUUAACGAGCAUUGGCAACGUGAUGGGGAUGGUGAGGCAUGGCUGGCCGACGGAACUCACUAUAAAGGUCGUUUUCAUAAAGAUGAACUCGUUGAGGGGGUUGUGCGCAUUCCGAACGGAACCCAGGAGGUUGUGUUUGAGGGCACCUUAAAGGAUGAAUCUUUUCUCCAGGGUAAGCUUUCCCAGGAGGACUUCACCUACGAGGGAGAGUUUCAAGACAAUCAGCCACAUGGGAAAGGGCGGUUGGUGUUUGCGUCUGGAGGCGAGCAGGAGGGCACUUUUUUUAAAGGCAAGCUGCACGGCGUGAAUUGUAAGAUGAAAUUGGAUGGCGGGUUUGUUUAUGUGGGUGAAUUUUUAGACGGUAAUAUCCGUUCAGGCACGCUCUACACAUCGACCUACACCUACGAGGGCGAGUUUAACGAACACGGCCGCGCACACGGGGAGGGGACUCAGACGUACUUAAACAAUGAUCCUCGGCUUAGUUUCACGGGGAUCUGGAAUAACGGGGCACUGGUACGGGGUACGUGUGUGGAUGAAUACGGAACACCGGUUGAUUGGCAGGAAAAUCACGAUUUGCAACAACGCGUCCUUUCCGAUACCGCGCAGUCCGAUGGAGAGGAGUGCACGGCCAUGCACAGUUACUGCCUCUCGAAGCUAAAAGAGGCGGAUCAAAUGCACAAGCAAAUGAACCAGAGCUACGUUCAGGACGCCGAAACGGUGCGGAAGCAGACCGGCAAAUAUCCAAGUAAAACGGACCUUGGCUACGAAAGUGGGCUUCGCCAUGAGAUCGCCGCUUCCGAGCAGUCAUCUAAGAAGCAGAUGGAGGAUGUGGCGCGCUCCCGUGAAGCAUUCGCGGCGCAUAAGGGCGACUACGAAAAAGCCUCGGCAAGCCUUAAAGGGUCGAAUCAUAUCAUUGGUGAAAUCAAUGAAAAUAUGGCUAAGAUACAAUUCACACGGCAGUUGGGGGCGCAGCAGCUCGCUGCCGAACGUGUGGACGAGCAGUUUGAACGCUUUAUGAAAACAUUUGAACGGCCGUUGACGGCGGAGGGGGGUUCAUCGAUGGGCGGAGCGGAGACAACCUCACAUAGGAAGUUGAAUAUUGACGGCAACGAACCCUGGAAAUCCUUCACGCCGAGCUCUUUUGACAGGUAA